UUACUACCCCUCGACCUUGGUAGUUGGCUAACUAUCUCUCCCUCUGCCGAGCGACCCAACCCCCUCGCUCCCUGGAUCUUCUUCCUCCUCGGCCGAGCGCCGCCACCCAUCCCGCUGCCGAGCGCCCAUCGUCUUCCUCCUCGAGCGAGCGCCUCCACCGCAGAAAUCUACUGCUCAGUUUGGUGUACUGCAAUGGAGCUUGACAGUCUAAGGGAGGCCUUUGACCGAGUUGUUGAGAAACGUGCUUUAUCUUCUACCAAAGUUCAGGAAGCUAUUGAUCAGAUAGUGACUGAAAUUGAGCAGGCAAUUUCGAGGAUGCAGAUGAUGAAUACAGAUUACAUGGGCAGCUGUGACCAUUCAUCUAUCAUGGCAGAACUGAAAGCCAAGCUGAACGAAAUGGUGCCAUUGAACCAACUUGAAGGCUGUCAAAAGGAACUGAAUGCUGCCCUGAGCAAAUAUCUCAAGCUCCUUGAGAAGUCUUUUAAUCCAGAUAUAUCAAAGGCAUAUAGAAAUGUCGAUUUUGAGGCCUGCACAAUAAACAACAUAAUAGCGAAUCAUUUCUACCGCCAGGGCCUCUUUGAUCUUGGAGACUCAUUCGUCCAUGAGUGUGGUGAAUCAGAUGGGACUUACCUGAAAUUACCAUUUCAAGAGAUGUAUGGAAUACUUGAAGCGAUGCAAGCAAGAAACCUUGAGCCCGCGCUCAGUUGGGCUUCCAAGAAUCAUGAUCAGCUGAUGCAGAAUAGCUCAAUGCUUGAGUUGAAGCUUCAUCAGCUACAGUUUGUUGAGAUUCUAACUAAAGAAAGUAGAGAUGAGGCUUUCAAGUAUGCAAGGACUCACUUUGCGCCCUUUGUCUCCUUGUACCAGGCAGAGAUCCAGAGGCUAAUGGCUUGUCUUCUCUGGGCCGACCGGCUUGAUAAGUCCCCAUAUGCUGAGUUCAUGUCAUCGACGCAUUGGGACAAGCUAGCUGAGGAGCUAAUCCAUCAAUUCUGCAGCAUCUUGGGACAGUCUAGCGAUAGCCCACUUAAUGUAGCUAUAUCAGCUGGUUUUCAAGGACUACCGACCUUGUUGAAGCUAACCACAGUAAUGGCUGCCAAAAAGCAGGAGUGGCAAGCCAUGAAACAGCUUCCAGUGCCCAUAGACAUUGGACCAGAGUUCCAGUACCACUCCGUCUUUGUAUGCCCGGUGCUGAGGGAGCAGUCAAGCGAUGAGAACCCUCCAAUGCUGAUGCCCUGUGGACAUGCUGUAUCGAAGCAAUCGAUCAUGAAACUAUCGAAGAGCAGCUCCAGACCUUUCAAGUGCCCAUACUGCCCCUCAGAGGCGGUAGCUUCGCAGUGCAAGCAGCUUCGUUUCUAAAUGUUUCUUCUUUCUCAGAUCAAAUUUGUUUAUAAAAGUGUUUUUUUCAAGUUUCUGCUGCGCCCACCCAAUAACUUGCCUGUAAUAUAAUCCUGCAUGUUUAAUGAAUAUUGGAUGUUGUUAAUCUGUACAGUAGCACAUUUCAAUAUGUUACUGAACUAUAGAUACUACUGAACAUAAUAAUAAGUUUCAGUACUGGUGUCGUC